GAUGUAAAAUAUUUUAAACACAUAAAAUCAAUGUAACUUAAAUUUCAAACUAUCUGGCAAUCUAAUUAGCAUGACAUUAACCCAUUCUGACAUGUAUAAAUACUGAUUGAAAUGUAUUUGAUCACAUUCUUCUUGUUUUCUUAGAGCUUAGGAAGCUUUCUAUUCUACUUCUUGUUUGGUUCCCGCGAAAGUGAGGAAGCUCUCAACAAUGGAGGUACGUGAACUCAGACGCAGAGUCAAAGCAGAUAAAAGUUGUGCAACAGAAGAGCCCAGAACCUUUGUUCUUAAGUCUACCAAACAAAAGGACUCUCCUUUGAGUUCCGAGGAGGAAGGACGAGAGUGCAGGACCAGGAAAAUGAUUAAGAUCGAGGAUCUUGCAGAGAAGGAUCCACCGACCUUAAAAACUCAGCUAGCUCGACGCAAUGCUGCUGCGGAGGCCACAGUGACAGAGCAGGCGGCACAGGAAAAUGACAAACAUAGUGAUCCACUUUCUGCACUUUCAGGACCACCCGACUCGAGUGGGGUUGCAACUGAUAUGCUUCAAUGUAAUGAAUUAGCAGUUUCCGGAGUGAAAAAGGGGCUGGCGUUAUUUCUUAUGACAAAAUCAAAUAACGAUGAUGCUGGUCAAAUGAUCGAUCAAGCAAACAACGCCUUUUUGUACCUUAAAGGCGUUAAUGCUGAUUACCGAUCUUUUUAUGCCAUUGUGCGCAGCUUUAUUUUAAACUGCUGGAAAUUUCAAAAGGCUGAGAAGGAGGUGCAAGAAAAUUCGCAAAGUGUGAAGAUAAUAAUUGAUGACUAUGAGACGCUUGAUCAUCAAUCAUCUAAAGCAAAAAAGGCUUUUGCUAAGAUCGAGGUUAAUCUUGUUAAGGCGAAAAGCUACAUGGCGCCUCUUGAAGCUCGAGUUCAAGAUACAAGAGAGUUGCUCGAAAAACUCGAGGUAGAACUUUGUGAAAGGAGAACAGAAAUAGAAAUGCUCGAAGCUGACAAGGCUAGAGUUUUAGAAGAGAAGGAUGCAGCGGAUAUUCAGAUACGGGAAGGUGGUGUUAGAGUGAAGGAAGCGCAGAGCACUCUCAGAGAUAUGCUUUUCCGCCAAGAACGGCUCGAACAGAAUUGGGAGAGAGUAGAAGACAGCUAACAAUAAUCUGAGGUAUGGUUUUGGUACAUAAGAUUGGCUACUAUUUUGUUGAUAUGGUUAGGUGUGGAUACAAUAGGGUUGUGCAUUUGGUUCAAACAGUUUCGAAUCAAAUCAACAUUCUGUUUUGUUUUUAAACUGAACCAAACCAAAUUUAUGUAUGUAAAAAACUUCGAACUAAACUAAUAGGUUCAGUUUGUACUAAAUCUUGAAUGAAAUUUUGUUAUGUCCAAAAACGGAACCAAAUAUAUCGGUUUUGUUCGGUUUCUAUACAUCCCGAGUGGAUAGUAGUGUUUUGUGUAGAAAAUGUUGUCUUGUUCUUUUGUCAAGCAAGAUGUUCACAGCUGCCUCUAUAAACAGCCUAAAACUCAUCAAAUCAUAUUGCCUGUA